AUGUUCAGCGCCCCACCUCCAUGGCAGGUGGGCUGGUGGCGCUGGGUCCGCGUGACCCCUGUACUCCUAGCACCUCUUGGCCAGCAUGAUAACAGCAGCGCAAAGAACGAGCCCCUGGGUCCAGGGGAGCUGCUGGGGGUCCGCCUGGUGAACGGGAGCAGCCGCUGCAGCGGGUCGGUGGAGGUCUGGCUCCGGGCGUCCUGGGAGCCCGCGUGCGCGGCGCUCUGGAGCCCGCUCGCCGCCGAGGCCGUGUGCCACGCGCUGGGCUGCGGCGAGGCGGGGACGGCUGCCUGGCCGCUGCCAACCUCGCCGGAGCUGCAGGCUGCGCCCACCGCGGGCAAUGCCAGCCGCAGCGUGAACGUCUCGUGGCCGCGGGCGCCAGCCGUCCUGUGCACGGGAACCGACUGGCGGCUCUGCGAGGCGGUGGAGCAUGAGUGCAGCAGCAGCCCGAGGCCCGCGCGGGUCACCUGCGCAGAACGCCGCGCGCUGCGGUUGGUGGACGGCGGCAGCCCCUGCGCGGGCCGCGUGGAGAUGCUGGAGUAUGGCCAGUGGGGGACAGUGUGCGAUGACGCGUGGGACCUGCAGGACGCCUCCGUGGUGUGCCAGCAGCUGCGGUGUGGCUGGGCGGUGCAGGCGCUGCCUGGUCUGCACUUCGCGCCCGGCCAAGGGCCUAUCCACCGCGACCAGGUGAACUGUUCGGGGGCUGAAGCCUACCUGUGGGACUGCCCCGGGCUGCCAGGAGACCAGUACUGCGGCCACAAAGAGGAUGCAGGGGUGGUGUGCUCAGAGCACCAGUCCUGGCGUCUGACUGGGGGUCUUGACGCCUGUGAGGGGCAGGUGGAGGUUCACUUCCGGGGAGUCUGGAGCACUGUGUGUGACAGCACGUGGUACCAGCCAGAGGCAGAGGUGCUGUGCCAGUCCUUGGGCUGUGGAAGUGCGGUGGACUGGCCCCGGGGUCUGCCACACUCCCUGGCUGGCAGGAUGUACUACUCCUGUGAAGGAAAGGAGUCUUCCCUCAGCGCCUGCUCCUGGAGGUUCAACAACUCCAACCUGUGCAGCCAGUCGCUGGCAGCUCGAGUUCUCUGCUCAGGCUCCCGGAGGCUGCACAAUCUGUCUCUCCUUGAAGUCCCUGGGAGGGUCACUGUAGGCUCUUCUGUGACAGUGACGUUGAAGGACAAGGAGCUUCCAGAACUGACACUUCUCAUUCCCUCCAUUGUUCUUGGAAUUCUCCUCCUUGCCUCUCUUGUCUUCAUAGCUAUCCUCCUCUUGAGAGUUAAAGGAAGAUACGCCCUCUUUGAUAGAGGGGCCCAGCAGCAGCUCCCCACUGCCAUCCCAGCUGGGAUCAAUAGCUACCAUGCCGUUCCCAUCACCAUGCCCAAAGAAGAAGUUCUUACCCUGCCCAUCCAGGCCUGGCCCCCAGCCCCCAAGGACUCAGACUCCAGCUCCGACUCAGACUAUGAGCAUUAUGACUUCAGCUCACAGCCUCCUGUGGCCCUGACCACCUUCUACAAUUCCCAUCGGCACCGGGUCACAGAGGAGGAGAUACAGCAGGGCAGGUUUCAGAUGCCACCCUUGGAGGAAGGACUUGAAGAAUUGCAUAUUUCUUAUGUCCCGGCUGCCGACCCCAGGCCCUGCAUUGCAGAUGCCCCCCCUCUGGGCCCUCAGUGUCAGGCGCGGAGCAGCAGUGGGUCCAGCACGUCCUCAGCGGAGGACUACUGUAACAGUCCCAACAGCAAGCCGCCCUCAUGGAACCCCCAGAUGUCUUCUUCACAGAGGAAUGCCAAUUUGGAGUUGGCUGGCUACCAGGCAACCUUUUCAGGGACCUCAGCUGAUGACAGUUCCAGCACCUCGUCUGGGGAGUGGUACCAGAACUUACAGCCACCUCCCCAACUCUCUACAGCGGGCCACUCUGAGUGUCCAGAGCCCCCUGACUUGCAGCCGGAGUCCACCAGUGAGGAGGACUAUGAUGACAUCGGAGCAGCCUAGUCUCGGAUCUGUGAAAGCUCCCAGGCGGCCCCUCCCUAUGCCCUCUGCUCUAAACACCCCCCUUUCCCUCAUGGGGCUGAGGCUUCUAACAGGUAGAAGGGAGAGUCACCUCCAGCCUCCAUACUUCCCUCCACCCCCCUGAUGAAGCCCUGAAAAGUGGGGCCAGACAGUGCGAGCACGACCACCUGGCACCACUCCAGGUGGCCCCAAGGCCUCUUUCUCCCUGGGGGUGUCAGGUGCUUUGAUCCUGAGUCUCAGGCAGCACAGGAGCCAGAGCUGCUGAGAGGCUGAACAACCCACCAAAGUAGGGAGGGGGGCCUUGGGCAAAGGACUGACCGGUGGCAGCUGUCACUUGGGAAGGUGGUGCUAUCCCAGUGCCACCGACCUUGCUUUCACUCAGGGUGUGUGUGCUCCUGGCGGAGGAUCUCCGCUGACAGUGAGCAGGUGACCGCACACCCCAACCAAGAGCAGGGCCAAGGUCAACCCUGCCACCAGAGACCCUCCGAACCUACCACUGACAUGGCCCCUGUCCUCUGCCACUCUCCUUGACAACCGAGCCUCCAGAGUUAGAGGGCACAGUCUCAGAGUGCAGUUGUCUGUUCAGGAGGGCCAGAGGCCACAUCAGA